AUGCCCCACCACGCGGUCAUACGCGAAGAUCGUGAAACUACCAAAGUCCGAAUUGUUUUCGACAUAAGCUCCAAAGCACCCGGAGCACAAUCAUUGAAUGACAUCCUCGAACCCGGUCCUAAUCUCAACCCCGACAUGCUGAAGCUAUUACUCACUUUUCGCUUACACAGAAUCGCAAUCAUAGCCGACAUUGAGAAGGCUUUCCUUCAAAUUCUUCUGGACGUUCAGGACCGAGACUUCCUUCGUUUCUUCUGGUAUGAAACCACUCCGUCCGUAGAAGGUCAGUUGCCCCGACUCGAAAUAUGGCGCAUGACACGCGUUCCCUUUGGCGCUACGAGUAGCACUUUCCUUUUAGCUGCCACUAUACAUCAUCAUCUGCAGCACCAGGAGGCUACUUAUCCAUGGACGACAAGUCGACUGAAAGCACGGUUCUAUGUUGAUGAUCUCGUCACUGGCGCCGAGGAUACCCAGGAAGCCAUGAAACUUUUCCGGGAAACUCUUCAGAUCUUUGAAACUGCAAGCAUGCCAGUCCGGAAAUGGCUCACAAACAGUCCCACUCUUCAGCAAGAGUUUGAACGCUCAGGCUACACGCGAGUGUCAACUGUACCUGCUAAUGUGUUGGGCAUCACUUGGCAUACCGGUCGGGAUGACCUGACAUGCUCUCUCUCUUCCAUUUCGGAGUUCCUCAAGUCCAGUCAAUGUACGAAGCGCCACGUCUUACGUAGUGUCUCCCGGCUUUUUGAUCCCUUCGGGUUUUUGGCGCCGUUCACGAUAACCCCCAAGAUUCUCUUCCAAAGCCUCUGGGAAGAAAAAACACCAUGGGACGCUACCUUCACGACUGCAAGUUCAAUCGUAUGGAACACCUGGUGCUCAGACCUCAACCAACUUACGUCCUUUGCGCUCCCACGUAUUCUCGACCCAGAUAGCCCCGACCUUGUCUCAACUUUCUCGCUGCAUGCCUUUUGCGAUGCCAGCCCGCAUGCGUAUGGGGCGGUUGUGUACUUUCGCAACCCAAAGACUUGCCGUGUCACCUUCGUCGUUGCCAAAUCGCGAGUGGCCCCUUUGAAACGUCAGAGCCUUCCCAGGCUAGAGCUAAUGGCAGCUGUCCUUGCAGCCAGAUUACUCAAGACCGUCACAGAUGCACUCUCAAUCGUGCGCGACAACUGCAACGCCUGGACAGAUUCUAUGAUUGCCCUUUCCUGGAUUCGGACGGCACCUUCACGCCUAACACCUUUCGUAAGCCAUCGUGUCUUAGAUAUUCAACGACACGUUCCCCCUCAUCUGUGGAGACACUGUCCUGGAUGCGAAAACCCUGCCGACCUCCUUACCCGCGGGGUAUCUGCCACAACACUAACACAGAGCUCUCUAUGGGUAUCCGGCCCUCCCUGGCUCCAACAGGCGACGACAUUCUGGCCCCCAACACCAAACCCGGUUGAAUCACUGCCAGAUGCCAUCGAACUCAAUGCACAGCUUGACGUAGAUGUCUCCCUACUACUUGUUCCCGGACCUCCGACUGAGGCUGUGCUCUCUAUAAACAACUUUAGUAGCUUUACCCGUCUACUCGCAGUAACGGCAUGGAUUUUUCGGUUUAUACAACGUGCUAGAAGAUCAACUAAUGCUGCUCCACAGCAUGGCAAUGCUCAUCUGUCAGCCGACGACUUGCACAGAGCCGAGCAAUAUUGA